GAAUCAUUUGGGGCUUAACUCAGAAAUCACAAGCAUGGUUUGUCAAAUCAGAUUUUCAUUACUGUUUGUCAUCUGCGUGGCUUCAACAGCCUUUGCACCUAAGUGGGAUGAAUGGGUCAAAGAUUUCUUGCAAGAUACAGAGCCAGAAAAUGAAUAUUUUUCUUUGGAUGGCUCUUCAUGCUCACCAUAUUGUCCGUCAGAAUGGGUGAGGUACGGCAGACGAUGCUUCCUGUAUGUUACCCAGCACAUGAACUGGACCUCUGCUGAGAAACACUGUCUGGAUCUUGGGGCCAACUUGGUCUCGAUAAACAGUGAAGAUGAGUAUCAGAUGGUCAAGGCUCUUAUUCGUGCUCACGACCACAAAGAGAAUCCCACUUGGAUCGGCCUUACUAACUGUGUGGAGACACAUAACUGGUUUUGGUCUGACGGCACUGAACUAACUUUCACCAAAUGGAAUCCGGACGAACCCAACAAUUUUGAAAGUAGAGAGUGUUGUGUCCAUAUGAACUUUUCUGUCUUUAUGAACUGGAAUGACAUCCCAUGUGAGGAGAAAUAUCCCUUUGUGUGUGUCAAGAGGCUUAAGUAAGACUCUCACAGCCUCACCUUACUAAAUGUAAUGAACAUUUUCUUCCUGAUCUUAACUGACACAAAAGACUUACUAUAAAGUGUAACGCACAUAAGAAUAAACA